AUCCAUAUGUUUUAUCGGUGGUGGCAAUUGAAUCUCAAAUCUUAACAAAGGCCCUCUUGCAUCUUUUAGUUUUCUAUCCAAAGGCUUUUGUAUUGGAAUAAUCUGAAGUGAGAUAAGACCAAGGCGAAGAAGCUCUUAAAAUGGCCACCUCUGGUUCUAGUGAUACACCUCUUGUGGCUCAAAGGUUAUUAGGGAAGGUUGCUCUAGUAACUGGUGGUGCUAAUGGUAUCGGAGAAAGCAUUGUGCGUCUUUUUCAUAAACACGGUGCAAAAGUUUGUGUAGUCGACACUAACGACCACCUUGGUGAACAAUUAUGCCAGACUCUCGGUGACGAUACCCUUUUCUUUCAUGGCGAUGUGACUGUUGAAGAAGACAUUUCUCAUGCAGUUGACUUGGCUGUCAACAAAUUUGGCACUCUGGAUAUCAUGGUCAACAAUGCUGGAUUGGCAGGACCACCCUGCCCUGAUAUCCGUGAAUUCCCACUUUCAUUAUUUGAAAAGGUGUUUGAUGUAAACGCUAAGGGUACGUUUGCUGGGAUGAAACAUGCAUCCCGGAUAAUGAUUCCACUUAAGAAAGGUUCAAUCGUUUCUAUUAGUAGUGUUGCGGGUGCAAUAGGUGGGCUGGGCCCUCACGCAUACACGGGGUCUAAACACGCAGUAGUGGGUCUAACUAAGAGUGUAGCGGCUGAACUUGGGAAACAUGGGAUUCGGGUCAACUGUGUUUCUCCAUAUGCAGUUUUGACUAAUAUGGCAUUUGCACACGUGCCAGAGGAUGAAAGGACCGAGGAUGCUUUGGCUAGUUUUAAAGCUUAUUUCGGAGAGCAAGCUAACUUGCGAGGUGUGGAUUUUGUCCCGGAGGAUGUUGCGAAUGCCGUACUGUUUUUAGCCUCCGAUGAAGCAAAGUAUGUAAGUGGAACCAACCUGUUUGUUGAUGGUGGUUUUUCAAGUACAAAUCACUCUCUCAGGGCUUUCAGAUGAUGUUAAAAAUAUUUCUGUAAUAAAAUGUGAUCUUUAUUUGUUUUUUCAUUGUUGGAAUAAUGGGCGAGGGGGGCCCUUAUUGAUCACUAAAGUCAUUUGUUUUUUGGUCAUUGAUUUACUAUUAAUGGUUUUCUGGAGGUUUUUGUUUUUCAAUAUCAGCAAUUAUAUAUUAACACGAUAAAUCAUCUUCUUUU